AUGGCCUCAGAAUCCGCCCCAUUCCCGGCGGGCUUCAACAUCUCCACCUCGCGACUACACAUCGUCCCUUUCGACCCCGCUAAUCAAACACACGCGGAAUUUCUAGUCCAACUCUGGAACACAGAAGACUUCAUCAAUUCCUGCGGUCGAACAUCUAUCUCAACUCCUGAAAAGGCGUCAAAUUUCAUCCGACAGCGUGUUCUCCAGCAAUAUUCAGUCAACCAAUAUGGCAUGUUUCUGGUAUCACUCAAGGAAGGAGAAAAUGUCACUCUUUCUCCCAUAGGCACCGUGUCACUCAUGAAAGGUGCACCCCCAGACCCGCAUUUUUUGGCCCCAGACAUCGGGUUUGCUGUCCUGCCCAAGCACAGUGGCAAAGGAUACGCUGCGGAAGCAGCAAAGGGGCUUCUCGAAUGGGCGCAUACUGAUUGUGGGGUUGAGGGUGCGUUUGGAUUCUGCGACCCGUCAAAUCGACGUAGUCGUAAGGUUCUACAAAAUAUUGGGAUGGAGUUCAAGGGGACCGCAGAGUUGCAAGUCUUUGGAGGGAAGAAGAGUGCUGUAUAUGCCUUGCCUGAGAUGGGCGAUGACCUGGCAGUUUACGGACUUGCGGAACCACUCUCGCCAGAAUGA